CUCCAGCUCCUCCAGGCCCUGACGCACUUUCUCACACCUCCUUCCCCUUUUGCUCCUCCCUUGUAACCUCCCAGUCCUGACGCGCUCCACUGUGGCUUCCAGCUCCUCCUUCCGCUGUAGCUCUUUCCCGCUCCUCCCUCCUCCCCUUCCUCCAGCUCCACCUCCGGGUCCCGCUGCCGCACUUUCCCGCCAGCGUCCUCGUCACCGCCGCCACUGCACGCCCCGGAGUCCCGCCAUGCCCAACAUCGUGCUCUUCAGCGGCUCCUCGCACCAGGACCUGUCCCAGCGCGUGGCCGACCGGCUGGGCCUGGAGCUGGGCAAGGUGGUGACCAAGAAGUUCAGCAACCAGGAGACCAGUGUGGAGAUUGGUGAGAGCGUGAGAGGGGAGGAUGUCUAUAUCAUUCAGAGCGGCUGUGGGGAAAUCAACGACAACCUGAUGGAGCUCCUCAUCAUGAUCAAUGCCUGUAAAAUCGCGUCCUCAUCCAGGGUGACGGCCGUGAUCCCGUGUUUCCCGUAUGCCCGCCAAGAUAAAAAGGACAAGAGCCGUGCUCCGAUUUCUGCGAAACUUGUGGCCAAUAUGCUCUCGGUGGCAGGGGCGGAUCACAUCAUCACCAUGGACCUGCAUGCCUCUCAAAUACAGGGCUUCUUUGACAUCCCUGUGGAUAACUUGUACGCGGAGCCUGCGGUCCUGCAGUGGAUCCGGGAGAACAUCGCCGAGUGGAGAAGCUGCAUCAUCGUCUCCCCGGAUGCAGGUGGUGCCAAAAGGGUGACAUCGAUUGCAGACAGGUUGAAUGUGGAAUUUGCUUUGAUUCACAAAGAGAGGAAGAAGGCGAAUGAGGUGGACCGGAUGGUUCUGGUGGGUGACGUGAAGGACCGCGUGGCCAUCCUGGUGGAUGACAUGGCUGACACCUGUGGCACGAUAUGCCAUGCUGCAGACAAGCUCCUCUCAGCUGGAGCCACCAAAGUAUAUGCUAUCCUGACCCAUGGAAUCUUCUCCGGGCCAGCCAUUUCCAGAAUAAAUAAUGCUGCCUUUGAGGCUGUGGUCGUCACAAACACAAUUCCGCAAGAGGAUAAAAUGAAACACUGUUCCAAGAUUCAGGUUAUUGACAUUUCCAUGAUCUUGGCGGAGGCCAUCCGAAGGACACACAACGGUGAAUCCGUGUCUUACCUGUUCAGCCAUGUUCCCUUAUAACUCCCAGUUGUGAUGUGUCGAACAAGCCCGCUCUUGACUUUUUCGUAUAUGUGUUAUGUUUUUUUUUUUAGAUUUAGGACUAACAAUUAUAGGAUAACAAAUAGUAAAAACAUCUGAUCUUCGUAUUCUCUGCAAUUCAUUCCCCGCCCCCCCCCACCCCCGCUUUGAAAGCUUGAGACCGCUCGUUUCUGGUUUUGGGGGGAGAGUGGUGGUUAUUUGGUUUGUGUCAUCUUGACUUGUUCUUACCUUUUCCUUUGUUCUUUCAGUCCUUCAAGGCCACAGCGUUUCAAGUAUAUAAUUUCAUUGUGGGAGCUCACAGUCUAUGUAUUUCUGGGGUUGCCAAAGGUGACCUCAGAUUAAAGCCUCUUGUGUAAAUAGCUGAUGAUAAUGCCUACGGGCAUUUGGGUAAAACCUUGUGUAGAAAGCUGAUUAAUUUUGAGCAAACCUUAAAAAUUUUGUAAUACUGUAAAUUUUGAUUUUUUUUUUUUUUUGGUAAUCAGGGUUGAAAUAAACCACCUUGGUUAUUGUGCUUAAUUUGAACCAAUUUUUAUUUAGCUUAAGGUAACCAGUGAUGCAUCCAGUUUUCCACAGAAGUCAGGCACAUCAGAGGCCAUGGAGUUGAGUGUCGUUUUUUAUGACCACACCUGAAAACUAUAUUAUAAGUGUCUUUUAGCUGGGAUUCCAUGUCCUGAAAUUCUAACAGUUUGCUCAGUGGUAGACCUGAUGAUGAAACCGUUUUGAGAUGUAGCCUCUGAGUAUACGGCCAUCUUGACACUUUCCUCUGUGCGCUCCUGUUGGAAGUGAGAAGGUGUGGGCAGACCCCCCCAGUUCUUUGAGGCGUACCUCACAUCCCAUCAUCUUGUUCUUUUACAUCAUAUUUUGGCUCUAGCUGUCCCUUUUCAUUUUUACUCAUCAAUCUCAUGUUGUGGAUUUCCGCCAAAGUAGACGCCCUUCUAGCCCCUCGGAUUUACCAGUCUGAUUAUUAUCUUGCUUUUGACCGAAAUAAAAAGGCCUGUUUUUAUGGGUGCUACUAAAAAAAAAACUACUAAAUGCACAUUUAAAUAUUAUGUCUUUAUUUUUUAUUAAAUGUUCUUUUGCCCUGAGUAAUCGGAGGUAGCAAGUCUCUAGGCAACUCAUGAUUUUAACUAAAGUUUUUACAUGAAAAAUGGAGGGAGGAAAGGCCUAUGAGAAAAGUACAAAUAAGUAAACUUUAAUUGCUCCUUAAGGAUACUGUUCAAAAAUGCCCCCAAAGUGAUCAUGGAGGGGAAAUUCCCUGAGAUUGCAUUAUCCACAGAUGGCUCUUUCCAAUGUUCCGCUAAGCGAGGUCCUUUGCUGCCUCUGUGGCGGAAGCCAGUCAUUGGACUGUUUGUAGAUUUUGUUAUAUGCACAUUCGUAGGAUAAGCUGCUGAAUAAUUCCACCCCCAAAGAAGAGGAUUCUUCUGCAUAGACAAAGCCUAGGCGUAAUAACAAUCUCUCCUUUCUGCUGAAUUUUAAAAUGCAUAGAAAAUGAAUCGUGUGGCCGAAAUUCUGUGAGUGGAAAAUCAAAUCUGUUUUGGUCAUUAACCAACUGGAACAGCAAUAUUGAGGGUUUUAAACUUUACCACAGCAGAUGUUGAAUUGAAGUUAGAAAGUAACAUUUUAGUUGUUGCAGGAACUAGCAUUUUACUGUACCUUAAAAUAGCUGUUGGGAAAGAAUGAUAGUAACCUGGAAAAGUCAGCCAUGCAGUACAGGUGGACUCUAUCUAGAAACAGUUGGCUUGAGAUGUGUAAAGAGCCUGAUUUGAUGCUAUGUAACUUUUAUUAAUUUAGAUAAAUGUGUGUUAUCUGUAUUUGUUGGGGUUUAUUUGCGUAGAGAAGUAGAAACGCUGUGAACACACACGCAGUCAGCUUGAUACACAAGGACAGAUGUGUUGACAUUAAUGAAAACCAGUUGAUUUAACGAUAAUCAUUCUGUCUGAGAUCAUGAUCUGUAGAUAAAGAAACUGAGUAUAAAAAUCUGCGUCUCUGAGUUAAGAAAUGAUUGUUUCUAUUAUAGUUUAACCCCACCCACUUUUGUAUUUUCAAGUACUUUUGAGUGCAUUUAUAAAUUUAGACUGAACUUAGAUGCAGUGGAAAUGUGGACAUUAACUCUUUCAUGGUUUUAGUUCAACAGAAAUGAUGACGAUCACCUCAUGAGGAGCUUAAUUCCAGAACUUUCACAUUCCUUGCUGCUUGGCAUGUAGAAACUUACAAGUGAGACCACCAGAUAGUUUUAUUCUGUCUAAAUGUGAGUGGGCUCGGUACAUAUCUAGGCAAGUAGGAGAGCCAGAGAAAUAUGAAUAUACCAAAGUUGUUUUGCCUCAAACUUAAAUUAUACUAGUCAACUUAUAGAUAUUCAUAUUGUAACUUUCCUUUCUUAGAUGUGAUCUCAACUACAUUCAGGAAUAGAUCAUUUGCAGCGCUUGUAUUGGUAUAGAAUAUCGAAUUUUAAGCUUAUCCAGCAUUGUGUUAGAACAUUUCAAUAAAAUCCUAUUGCUGACUACUCCUUUU